GCAGUUUGCCGGGUUGACUCGCAGACCCCGCCUGGCAGGGAGGAGGCGGGGCUUUUGCUUGGCUAAGGUGGGCGCGCACACCCCGGGCCCAGGCAUAACUUUACGUUACCGGUUUUCGCGCUCUGUUUAAGUCAUUUGGAAGUGUAGCCAACGGGACCGUUUUCUCGUUCCGUUUAGUAAAACAUCUUCACUUUGGUUAUACAAGCUUAGGUUUCAGGGCGGUGACUCUGUCAUGCCGAACUCUCGGCUCAGGCCCCGCCGGGGUGCCCGGAGUGGCGCCGGGGCAGUCGGGCGCGACCGGCUGGUGUCGCGGUCCUUGCAGAGCGCAGAGCACUGCCUGAGCGCCCAGGACUUUGGCACCGCCUAUGCCCACUACCUCCUCGUACUCAGCCUGGCGCCGGAGCUGAAAGACGACGUGAAGGAAACUUUUCAGUAUACACUGUUCAGAUGGGCUGAAGAGCUUGAUGCUCUCAAUCGAACACAAGACUUACUUGGUUGUUAUGAGCAGGCUUUGGAACUGUUUCCUGAUGAUGAAGUGAUUUGCAAUAGUAUGGGGGAACACCUCUUCAGAAUGGGCUUUAGAGAUGAAGCAGCUGGGUAUUUUCAUAAAGCAGUGAAACUAAACCCAGAUUUCAAUGAUGCAAAGGAGAAUUUUUAUCGUGUUGCAAACUGGUUGGUGGAACGCUGGCACUUUAUCAUGCUUAAUGACACCAAACGGAAUACAAUUUAUAAUGCAGCAAUCCAGGAUGCAGUUUGUUUGGGGUCCAAGAGUGUUUUGGACAUUGGAGCAGGAACUGGAAUACUAAGCAUGUUUGCUAAAAAAGCUGGAGCACACUCAGUAUAUGCUUGUGAGUUAUCCAAGACCAUGUAUGAACUUGCCUGUGAUGUAGUAGCAGCAAACAAGAUGGAAGCAGGAAUCAAACUCUUACAUAUGAAGUCACUUGACAUAGAGAUUCCAAAACACAUUCCUGAAAGAGUGUCCCUAGUUGUAACAGAAACUGUCGAUGCAGGUUUAUUUGGAGAAGGAAUUGUGGAGAGUUUAAUUCAUGCAUGGGAGCAUUUACUUUUGCAGCCAAAGACCAGAGGUGAAAAUGGUAAUUGUGAAAAGUAUGGGAAAGUUAUACCAGCAAGUGCUGUUCUAUAUGGAAUGGCAGUAGAAUGUGCAGAAAUAAGAAGACAUCAUAGGGUGUGUACUAAGGAUGUUGCUGGGAUCUAUUUACCAACAAAUGUGAAAUUUCAGAGUCCAGCUUGUUCUUCUGUGGAUACUGAAGAGACAGUGGAACCAUAUACAACUGAAAAGAUGAGUCGAGUUCCUGGGGGAUAUUUGGCUUUGACAGAGUGCUUUGAAAUUAUGACAGUAGAUUUCAACAAUCUUCAGGAAUUAAAAAGUCUUGCAACUAAAAAGUCUGGUAAAAUUGGUAUUCCUGUGAUUAAAGAAGGCAUACUAGAUGCUAUCGUGGUUUGGUUUGUACUCCAGCUUGAUGAUGAACACAGUUUAUCCACAAGUCCUAGUGAGGAAACAUGUUGGGAACAGGCUGUCUACCCCGUACAUGACCUUGCAGACUACUGGAUAAAAUCUGGGGACCAGGUGAUGAUGGAAGUGUCUUGUCAAGAUUGUUACUUAAGAAUUCAGAAUAUCAGUGUUUUCAGUUCAGAACAUGAAAUGGAUGUUGGAAAAGAUUUUAGCAAGGAUAAAGACUUGUUCUCCUUAGGAAGUGAAGCUGAACUCUGUAGUGCCCUGGCUAACCUUCAGACCAGCAAACCAGAUGCUGUGGAGCAGACAUGUAUAUUGGAAUCCACAGAAAUUGCUUUGCUUAAUAACAACCUCUAUCAUGAAAGCUUUAAAAUGGCAAUGAGAAAAGUGUUGUCUUCAUUGACUCCAGAGAAACUGUGUCAGGCCAUGGAUACUCACUGCCAGAAUAACGAGAUGAGCUGUGUAAGUGGACAGAGUAAUUCAGAAGAGAGCAUCCCUGAACCAUUCUAUGUGUUAGAUGUUUCCGAAGGCUUCUCCAUUCUGCCCAUAAUUGCUGGCACACUCGGGCAGGUUAAACCUUACAGUUCUGUGGAGAAAGACCAACAUCGUAUAACUCUGGACCUCAUAUCUGAAGCCAAUCACUUUCCUAAAGAAACACUUGAGUUUUGGCUGAGACACGUGGAAGAUGAAUCUGCUGUGUUGCAAAGGCCAAAAUCAGACAAGUUGUGGAGUAUAAUUAUACUGGAUGUCAUUGAGCCAUCUGGGCUCAUUCAGCAGGAAAUAAUGGAAAAAGCUGCAAUAUCCAGGUGUUUGCUGCAAUCUGGAGGCAAGAUCUUUCCUCAAUAUGUGUUGAUGUUUGGGUUGCUUGUGGAAUCACAGACACUGGUAGAAGAGAGUGCUGUUCAAGGAACAGAACGCACUCUUGGAUUGAAUAUAGCAUCUUUUAUUAAUCAGUUUCAGGUACCUAUACGUGUAUUUUUGGAUCUGUCGUCAUUGCCCUGUAUACCUUUAAGCAAGCCAGUGGAACUCUUAAGACUAGAUUUAAUGACUCCAUAUUUGAACACCUCUAACAGAGAAGUAAAGGUACACAUUUGUAAAUCUGGACAAGUGACUGCCAUUCCCUUUUGGUAUCAUAUGUACCUUGAUGACGAGAUUAGGUUGGAUACUUCAAGUGAAGCCUCCCACUGGAAACAAGCUGCAGUUGUAUUAGAUAAUCCCAUCCAGGUGGAAAUGGGAGAAGAAUUAGUACUCAGUGUCCAGCAUCACAAAAGCAAUGUCAGCAUCACAGUAAAACAAUGAAGAGUAGUUUUCUAAUGAAAAACUGUUCAGGUAGAGCAGCAAGUAUGCAGUUCUGGUCUGAAUUAGUAGUGGAAUUGUAUUCAUGAAAUGGGGGUAUAAAGAUUUAAUUCCUUGUAAUGGUUAAAUAUUUUUUAAAUUGAUUAAUAAAGUAUAUUUAAAAGA